AUGAAUUUUGCUCCAGCUAUGGUGCCUGACGAUUUGUUGCAAGAUUGGACACAGGCAACUAGGGGACUGGAAGAAGUGUUUGAUGUUACUGUAAUGAGUCCAACAAUUUUACCAUCUUCUCAUGAGCCAGAGGAUAAGGAGCUUAAAGAGUUGAUUAACAAGUGGCCUGAAUAUCUUCCAGAACUAAGUGAAUUGCCUAUUGCAGGGAGGCUUGUGAAUAAUAUGCAGCAAGAUGGAAAAACUAGCUUACAAGUUACUCUAACUAAUUGCCUUGAACUUAGGCUUGCCAAAAACUUGAUUGGAUGGCUUCUUUAA